GAUAACAAAAAGAGAGAAUCUAUGGAGAAGGGUGAAGGAAGCAACAGUGAACGGCGCCGGCAGGCAAGAAGAUCGGGGGCCAUGAGUUACGAGGGAAGCGUCAUGGAUCUGUCUAGAGAAGGGAGAAAGACGCAUCUGCUUCUGAACCAAACCCGUGUCAGGCCGUUGAACUCAAUCCCUGGAACUUACUCAACUGUCUUUGACAAUACUUCUCCUCCUUACAACUGGCUUCGCCUUGGCUGGCUCGCCGAGGAGCGCCGCAUGCUGGCCACCGGCCGACUCUACCGGUACUUUUACGAUCCAAUGGGGCAAAUGUACAAUACUCGGCAAGAAGUGGAGCACAUGUGCGCAUACAUUGACAAGAAAAUGGACAAAAAGAAUCGCGUAAUCAUCUUCAUCGACUAAUCUACUCUGUAUCGAUAUGGCCUUAUCAUAUAAUUUAAGCCAUUUAAGAUAAAUGAAAAAAAUUCAAAUCCUAUGUACCCUAGACAAUCAGGAAUUUUACCUGUGUCUUGAUUUUGUAUGUUUAAGUUAAGGAUCAACUCGA